CCAACUUACGAACAAGACAGACUUGUUGGCUAUGAUUUAUGUAGAGGCCUCUCACAACAGUGAGGCAGUUAAAGCCUUAUUGCACUCGUAUCUUACCCUGGCAUGUAAUCUUGUGCUGACAGGCUAUGCCAAUGAGGUGGGGGAGGCCUUCCGUACCCUGGCGCCAGUGAGCGCUGUAUGGGCCACAUGUGCGGUUGCCACCGUGUAUGUUUCCGCUGAUGCUUUGGACAAGGGGAAGAAGGCUGCUGUGAGUUCAACAAAGCCAACAACUGCUUCAUGUGUGACACGGAUAAAGAACCUGGAUGUGGCCCAAAGACUGACUGGAUUGAAUGUUUUGCAUGCCAACGGUGGUUCCAUGUGCUGUGCCUAGGAAUGAAGACAAAAUAGUUCAACAGAGUAAAGAACACAAACUGGAAGUGCAGUCUUUGUUGUUGAAUAUGUAUGCUAUACCCCAUCCACACUGACGAGGCUCUGAAAUGUACAUCAACCAGGGAUAAAGAGAAAGUUAAGUGUCUGACAUGUUGGAAAAGAUUAAAGGUCUACAAUUUCAGGUUAAUUUGUCAAUAUUACAUUUUUAUUUACUUGCCACCAUUACUGUGGUUACAUGUUCAGUAUAUGUAUUGACCAGCAAACCCACUGCAGCCUACCUCACCAGCUCACUCUCCAUCCCUGCUUUGGACAAUUAAUAGCAUGACUCUCAUACUUUGCCCUUUUCCUUUAUGGUUGAUAUUAACAACGAAAUGAGAUAUUAUCUGUCUCUCUCCUAUUGUGUACCACUGUUAAAUACUGUGGGGAAAAAAUAAUGGAAAAUAAGUACUUAGAACUACCAAGUAUUAUAGAUAAAUAUUAAAGAAAAGUGUAAACACAACACUGGACCGAACCCCCUAAUUGUCAAACUACUAUUAAUGUACAACAAUAUAGAAGAGACAUAACUAGAGGUUGUGCAAUAUGGGUGUAUAUCCACUGCACGCUUCUUAGGUGUGUAAUUGACAUGACCAAGGAGCUAUUGAAAUUUAAAACUAUGAAAAAUGUACGUUACACCGCGUGAUUUUUACAGUACACAAACAAGAGUGUGCAAUAUAGAAGGGUACAUUCUGCACCAUGUUUGAAGUCAGAAGGUCACAUGAUCAAGGAGCUAUUGAAAUUUAAAAUUUUGAAAAAUGUAAUGUAAACUCUUGUGAGAUAAAUGGACACACUAAUGGAUGUGCAAUAUAGAAGGGUAGUCAGUGGACAUUCUGAACCUUGUUUGAAGUCGUUAGGUUACAUGACCAAGGAGCUAUUGAGAUUUUACAUUUAGAAAAUUCAUGUAAAAUCUUGUGAGAUGAAAAUUUACAAACUAACGGGUGUGCAAUGUGUAGCUAGCUAGCUAGCAACCCAGCUCGAGCUACAUCUUUUUCCGAUUAGUUACCUAGCUACCUACGCUUGGUCUGACAAUGAUGAGAGGGUUGAGACGGGGACAAUCCCUCGUUCAAGACAUCUAUAAACAACUACUAUCGCGGACCCAUGUGUCACGAUAAAUGACGACCUCCUUGCUCUGUUUGUCUUGAAUGGGAUCCAUGCUUCUUUACACAAUGUAUAGCAUUUUGUCUUACAUAUAUAAUGAUACUGUACAGUCGUGGCUAAAAGUUUUGAGAAUGACACAAAUAUUAAUUUUCACAAAGUCUGCUGCCUCAGUUUGUAGGAUGGCAAUUUACAUAUACUCCAGAAUGUUAUGCAAAUGAACUGAAUCCCAAGAAAACAUUUCCACUGCAUUUCAGCCCUGCCAAACAAGGACCAGUUGACACUAGGCUAUCCUCCAAAAGUCUUCGCAUCACUCUGCGUGCAGAUGCACUCACACCUGCGUGCUGCCAUUCCUGAGCAAGCUCUGUACUGGCGGUGCCCCGAUCCCGCAUCUGAAUCAACUUUAGGAGACGGUCCUGGCGCCCUGAAGUCUUCUUCACAACAAUUGAACCGCUCUCCUUGAAGUUCUUGAUGAUCCGGUAACCAUGGUUGACAGAGGAAGAACAAUGAUUCCAAGCACCACCCUCCUUUUGAAGCUCCCAGUUUGUUAUUUGAACUCAACCAGCAUGACAGAGGGAUCUCCAGCCUUGCCCUCAUCAACACUCACAUCUGUGGUAAUGAGAGAAUCACUGACAUGAUGUCAAGAAGGGCAGCAAAGAAACCACUUCUCUCCAGGAAAACAUCAGGGACAGACUGAUAUUCUGCAAAAGGUACAGCGAUUGGACUGCUGAGGACUGGGGUAAAAUAAUCUUCUCUGGUGAAUCCCCUUUCCGAUUGUUUGGGGCAUCCGUAAAAAAGCUUGUCCGGAGAAGACAAGGUGAGCGCUACCAUCAGUCCUGUGUCAUGCCAACAGUAAAUAAUCCUGAGACCAUUCAUGUGUGGGGUUGCUUCUCAGCCAAGGGAGUGGGCUCACUCACAAUUUUGCCUAAGAACACAGCCAUGAAUAAAGAACGGUACCAACACAUCCUCUGAGAGCAACUUCUCCCAACCAUCCUGGAACAGUUUGAUGAUGAACAAUGCCUUUUCCAGCAUGAUGGAGCACCUUGCCAUGAGUCAAAAGUGAUAACUAAGUGGCUCGGGGAACAAAACAUUGAUAUUUUGGGUCCAUGGCCAGGAAACUCCCCAGACCUUAAUCCCAUUGAGAACUUGUGGUCAAUCCUCAAGAGGAGGGUGGACAAACAAAACCCCACAAAUUCUGACAAACUCCAAGCAUUGAUUAUGCAAGAAUGGGCUUCCAUCAGUCAGGAUGUGGCCCAGAAGUUAAUUGACAGAAUGCCAGGGCGGAUUGCAGAAGUCUUGAAAAAGAAGGGUCAACACUGUAAAUAUUGACUCUUUGAAAUCAACUUCAUGUAAUUGUCAGUGAAAGCCUUUGACACUUAUGAAAUGCUUGUAAUUAUACUUCAGUAUUCCAUAGUAACAUCUGACAAAUAUCUAAAGACACUGAAGCAGCAGACUGUGAAAAUUAAUAUUUGUGUCAUUCUCAAAACAUUUGGCCAUGACUGUAGAUGGACAGUCCCACAGCUAGCAGUUGUGCGAAUCAAGUCUUGCAUUGCGACACACUGAGGGAGUAUCUAAAACUGUCGGGUGCUAUUCAGAAAGUGAAAAAAGCAUACUGUAGUCUAUUGGUCUGACUUCAAAUGUACUGGUACAUUAUUAGGACUAUUAACAUGAGAUUCAACCACUAUAAACUCACAAAUAUAAUAUUUCACAGAAGGAUAAAGUCCAAGUCCUGUGACAAAAGUAAAGAAUUUAUAGAUAGUCCCUGAUGAUAAUUGACGUCAUACACCGACAGUUAGUGUUCUUUUAAACCUAAUCUUAACCACACUACGAACCUUAUGCCUAACCCUAACCUUAAAUUAAGACCAAAAAGUGAAUCUUUGUUUUCAUGAGGUUUUAACAUAUAGCCAAUUUUGACUUUGUGGCUGUUUGUAACUAGUGACAACCAAGAUUAACAUGAAAUUAGGAUUUAGCGGAAUAUAUCGGUCACACCGUUCAUAUAGGCUACCUCAAUCGAUCACACUGUAGCAGAGGUACUGGAUCGCCACUUCCUUUCUGACUGUAGCAUCAUAAAUAGGCAUCAUAUAUAGUCCGAGAUAUUGAUCUGAUUUAGCCAAUCUCUGCAUGUUUCUAUUGACAGUAUCAGAGGAAGGUUUGAAAAAUUGCCAAAGACUCCAGCCACCAAGCCGUAGACUGUUCACACAACUACCGUCUGGUAAACGGUACCGGAGCAAUGGCUCUCGGCUCAGAGACAGCUUCUACCCCCAAGCCAUAAAACUGCUAAAUAUCCAGACUGCUAAAUAGUCAGCAUUAUUAUUAAACAGGUGCACCUUGUGCUGGGGGCAAUAAGAGGCCACUCUAAAAUGUACAGUUUUGUCACACAACAUAAUGCCACAGAUGUCUCAAGUUUUGAGGGAGCAUGUAAUUGGCAUGCUUACUGCAGGAAUGUCCACCAGAGCUGAUACCAGAUCAUUUAAUGUUCAUUUCUCUGCCAUAAGCCGCCUCCAACUUCGUUUUAGAGAAUUUGGCAGUAUGUCCAACCGGCCUCACAACAGCAGACCAUGUGUAAACACAGCCCAGGACCGCUACAUCUGGCUUCUUCACCUGCGGAAUCGUCUGAUACCAGCCACCCGGACAGCUGAUUAAACUGUGGGUUUACACAACCAAACAUUUUCUGCACAAACUGUCAGAAACCGUCUCAGGGAAGCUCAUCUGUGUGCUCGUUGUCCUCACCAGGGUCUUGCCUGACUGCAACUUCAGUGGGCAAAUGCUCACCAUCGAUGGCCACUUUCAAGCUGCAGAAGUGUGCUCUUCAUUGAUUAAUCAAGUUUUCAACUGUACCGGGCAGAUGGCAGACAGCGUGUAUGGCAUUGUGUGGGUGAGCGGUUUGCUGAUGUCAACACUGUGAACAGAGUGCCCCAUGGUGGCGGUGGGGUUAUGGUAUGGGCAGGCAUAAGCUAUGGACAACGAACACACAUGCAUUUUUCCAAUGGUAAUUUGAAUGCACAGAGAUACGAUCUGUCGCCGUCCCCUCAUGUUUCAGCAUGAUAAUGCACGGCCCCAUGUCACAAGGAUCCUGUGCACAAUUCCUGGAAGUUAAAAAUGUCCCAGUUUUUCCAUGGCCUGCAUACUCACCAGACAUGUCACCCAUUGAGCCCGUUUGGGAUGCUCUGGAGCGACAUGUAUGACAGUGAGUUCCAGUUCCUGCCAAUAUCCAGCAACUUCACACAGCCAUUGAAGAGGAGUCAGACAACAUUCCAUAGGCCACAAUCAACAGCCUGAUCAACUCUAUGCAAGGGAAAAGUGUCGCCCAACAUGAGGCAAAUGGUGGUCACACCAGAUACUGACUGUUUUUCUGAUCCAUGCUUAACUUCUUUUAAGGGUUAUGUGACAACAGAUGCAUAUCUGUAAUCCCAGUAAUGUGAAUUACAUAGAUUUUUGGCCUAAUGAAUGUAUUUCAAAUGACUGAUUUUCCUUAUGAACUGUAACUCAGUAAAAUCUUUGUUUUUGUUCAGUGUACAAACUAUAUACACACUCACUCACACACUCUACAUUGACACUCCCACACAAAAUCCAUACACUAUAUACACACACACAUAGACUGACACAACACAUAUACACAUUACAUACGUACAUUCACAUACACUUUUGCACUCAUCAUUUUCUGCUGCUGCUCUGUUUAUUUUACUCUUAUUAUCAUCUAUCACAAUGUCACUUUACCCUGCCUUCAUUUACCUACUGUAUCUAAACUCUUAAAAAAAAGUGUUAUCUAAAUCCUAAAAGGGUUCUUUGGCUGUCCCCAUAGGGUAACCCUUUGAACAACCAUUCUUGGAUCCAGGUAGAACCCUUAUGGGUUCAAUGUAGAACCCUAUCCACAGAGGUUUCUAAGUGGAACCCAAAAGGGUUCUACAUGAACCCAAAAAGGUCCUACUUGGAACCAAAAAGUGUUAUCCUAGGAAGAGCCGAAUAAACCAUUUGGAACCAUUUUUUUCUUAAGAGGGUACCUCAAAUACCUUGUACCUCUCUAUACAUUGAUCUGGUACUGGUACUCCCUGUAUAUAGCGCCAUUCUUGUGUAUUUAAUUUUAUUCCUCGUGUUAGUUAUUAAAUAUAUGUAUUUUUAUUGUUUUACUCUCUAUCGUUUGGAAUGGUUCGUAAGCAAGCAUUUCACUGUAAAGUCUACACCAAUUGUAUUCGCCGCAUGUGAUAAAUAAAAAUGUAUUUGAUUUGGAAAGUGUAAAGUGAUUGACAGCCGAGUGAACAAAUAACAAGACGCAAUGCAGCCCUACAAACCAAUCACAAGCCAUAGGGCGUUUUAUGGUUGAAUGGGAGGAGUCGUAAUCUAAAAUGGCCGCCGCCACAAACAACAACUGCCAGAUAUUGAAUAUUCUCUCCGAUAUUUUUCUUCGUCAGACCAUGACACUAAAAACAUAUUGGACGUUUGUGAUUAUUCUUAUUACAACUUGUCGAUCUUUUGCCGACGAUGAUAAUCAUGAAAUGGAGGAGUUUCUGAAAAGGGAGCAUUCAUUGUCAAAACCCUAUCAAGGUGUGGGGUCGUCCAGCUCCUCCCAUUGGGAAUUGAUGGGCGAUGCCAUGGUAACCACAGAGCAGGUGCGCCUCACAACAGACAUGCAGAGCAAGCAGGGGGCAGUGUGGAGCCGCAUUCCCUGUCACCUAAGGGACUGGGAGUUACAAGUGCACUUUAAGAUUCAUGGCCAAGGCAAGAAGAAUCUGAAUGGGGAUGGACUGGCAAUUUGGUACACCAAGGAGCGCAUGCAGAAAGGUCCUGUGUUUGGGAAUCAGGACCUUUUCACAGGGCUGGGUGUAUUUGUGGACACGUACCCCAAUGAGGAAAAACACCUUGAGGCACAGAAGACGAGGUACACCACACGCACACAGAGGAUCUUCCCCUUUGUGUUGGCCAUGGUGGGGAACGGAAGCAUUAGUUACGACCACGAACGAGACGGGCGUCCCACUGAGCUGGGCGGCUGCAACGCCAUGGUGCGCAACCUCAACCACGACACCUUCAUCUUUAUCAGAUAUGUCCGUCGCAGGCUCACGAUUAUGAUUGACAUUGAUGGGCAGCAUGAAUGGAGGGACUGCCUGGACAUACCGGGGGUACGGCUACCUCAGGGCUACUACUUUGGAGCCUCGGCCGUCACUGGAGAUCUCUCUGACAAUCACGAUGUGGUCUCCCUGAAACUGUACCAGCUGACUGUGUUACGCAGUGAGACCGAGGAAAAGGAGGAGGAAGAUGAGAUCACUCUACCCAGUGUAGAUAACAUGGACCUACUAAAGAUGGGUGAGAAUGAAGAAGGGUGGAGUAGUAUUGCUAUGUUCUUCACCAUCCUCUUCUCCAUGCUGGGCUGUUUCCUGCUCAUCGUGGUCGGCCUCAUCGUCUACAGCCACUGGAACGAGAACAGGCGCAAACGCUUCUACUGAGACGGAGAGAGGGGGAAAAGAGCGGGAGGGAGGCCUCCCAUCAUAACCACUACUGUAGUCUGACGACAACUGCACUGAGACACUGAAAUGACUGGCAAGAUGGAGACAAUGUAACUGACCUCCCAAUGUAGACCAAUAUGCUUGAUGGACAGAGGUACCAUUGGGACACUAGUGAAUCCUGGGAAAGACUGAGCAGCGGUGAAUGCAUUUCAACUACAGUAGCCAACCACACUGACCCCUGCCAUGAGUAGACAUACAGAACGUUUGUCUGUCCCCACCCUACUCUCACCAACCAGGCCUUACUCUACACAAAUAUAGAGAGCAUAUUAUUAUUAUGUACUUACUGUGUGAAAAUGACCUCCGUGUUGUCAGACAGUGCCAUUGCUGGUUAAUAUUUUGGUUGUCUUUUUAAGGGUCUGGGGAGAUGGAUUUAUACUCAGUUUUAGGGUUUUGAAUGUCAGAGACAAAGUAACCAAUGUAAAUCCACAUGACCAGGUCCCAUCAGCGCUUGAUCCGUGUCACACCAAAGAUGUUUCAUGGCCUAUCUGGCAAUUGAUCCGUCGCUUUUCUGCUUCGCUCUAGAAACAGCAUCAUGUCAUAUUUGCCUAUAUGGUGCUUGCAAUCAAUGUAAGUCUUUGUGCAUUUCAAUUGAUUCAGACGGUUUCAAUGAAUUCUCAUGCUCAAUUUUAUUAGUUUGAAAAAUGUAUGGUUGCAGAGAAUAUGCUUUUGUUGUCAAACUGAAUCUACAGUAGAAUGCAUGAAGGUGCUUGACUAGUCAUUCUUUUACCACUAUUUAUGUUAAGAUUGAUUAGGUCGUUUUUCUUUUAUUCUGUAUAUGAAAUGAAAAGGUGAUCAAUCCCUC